AAUGCUUUUUAUAUCUAAAUAUUUAAAAUUUAAUAUAAAAUUUCUCAAAAGUAACCAAUACUGGGACAUAAGGUGUACAUAAUAAUAUAUAAAGACAAUUAUUAUUAAAAUCAAUACUGGAUGUAAAAUAUAUUUAUAUAUUGGUUUUAUGUCUGCUUAUAAAUUAAUAGAAUAAUACAUUUUAGUCCUCAAUAUUUUUAAAAGGGCUGAAUAUCAGUACAAUAAGCUCUGCUGCGGAUUUUUUAGAUUUUUACAUUAUUUCUCUAGAGCUAUUUAAUGAAUGCAGUGUUGACUUAAGAAACAUCGGGAUAACUCCAAUGACUGGACCAAAGACAAAUUAUACAUUGGAAAAAUUAAAAGAUGUUUUACAGGAAGCAUCUUUUCCAAAAGAAAAAACAUAUUUUAAAUUUUAUUGUAACCCAACACCAAUAAAUGAAUCAACAAGUAUUUGUGUUUCGAAUUUUGAAGUGAUGUGUACACAGCCACAAAUAGGAAGUGAUUGGUGUACUCGACAAUCAUACAACGAAAAGGGUCAAUAUGUGCAAAAAAACGGAGCAGGAUUUAUGGUUUGUCAUAUCGAUAUUGAUCACCCUCAUAAUUGUUGUAACUGUGAAAAGCCAUACCCUGUGCGUUCAAUGCUAUUUUGGAUGGUUUUAAUGGUGUUCCAUCAAAAAACUGUGAACUAUUUGAUAAACAUUAAAAAAUAGAUUCAUCAAACUUUGGAAAACACUUACAAGUGUUACAAUUGUUAAGGUCAAAUAGUUAUAUCACAAUUACCUGUCUUCAGUGUUGGAAUUUAUCUAGAUGAAAAUAUUGUUAUCUAUUAUCUUAGCUAGAUUAAAUUCUACUGGUCAUCUUUUUUUUAUCUUAGAUAAAAAAUUCAGUUACCUAUAUUAAUUUAUCUAGAUAUUUUUUAUG